UUUUACUUUUAGCAACAUCAAAAGUUUAAAUUCACGAAAUUCUUACUCAUUUUUUUUCUUUUGAAAGUUGCAAGAGAUUUUAUUAAUGUAAUUCAAUUAAGAAAGUGCCCAUAGAAAUACCCCAAACAACAAAUUGAAACCCAAACCCCAUAGUCCAUACCAUAAUGCCCAAAAAUUAACCCAUUUGCACUAUACAAACCUUAGAGGGAUCUCACACACCAACAAAACAAUGAUAAUUCUUUCUAGAUCGAUUGUUCGGCCUCGUAAGAAGAGGGAUAGCAAAAUUUCUGAGUCAUCCAAGUUAAGCCUAGUUUCAUCCCCCUUCCCACUUUUCAAUAUUUCAACGUUACCCGAGCUGUCCAUACGACAAAAUCGCAGGUAAGUGAACUCAUCCCUCGUAUUCCGAUAUUUUCAGAGGGAAUGGCACCAUAAGAACAAUGAUACGAGGAACAAGAACAAGUAUGUAGUUCUAUUUUAGAAGGCUGCCAUUAUACUUGAAAAUAAACAACAGGAUUAGUAUGUCUGGGUAGGGAUAUACUCUCUGGACAGCUAGCCAAAUAAGAAGAACACCAAGUAAUGUUGAAGUCGUUCACAAAGCCGUAUACCAAAGACGACGAGAAAAAGGAGGGAGAGUAUACAAAGAGUGAUUGUUGUUUUACACGGAGAGAGAGUCUCCACCGAGAAGACAGGCAUUGAGCCACUGUGGAGGGCCUCAAAAUAUGUGAGUAAUACAGAAGAUGAAAUUUUGGUUCUCACCCUUCUCUCCGUGGAUGGAUCAUCCGGACCAUCUUCAAGUAGAGGCUUUGAUGGAGAUCAUCAAUGCAAUGAUACAUGUGAGGAUGAUCUGUAUAUCAUGUUCCUGCGCCAACAGGUCAGCGAAAGGAAGGAGGAUUACAGGAGUAUUUUCAGGCCUUUUUAUGAAAGAUGCAAAAGCAAUGGAGUGAAGUUUCUGGCACAGAUUGCUGCAGGCUUCCAACCGAAGGAUAUCAUAACCGAAGAGGCAAACAAUGUUGGGGCCACUUGGAUUAUUGUAGAUAGUUCCUUUGCAAGACACUUGACUUUCCGGAUGAGUGGCAUUGAAUGUAAUAUAUCAUUGGUGAGUGAUGUGGAAGGGGCCAUAGUUCACGAUCACUUGAUUGCAAAUGAUGAGUCAGAUAGCUCAAUGCUCAUGGAAGUAACCCAUAAUCCCAAGUCUCCGAAGCUGAUGAAAGGAUCAACAUCAGAAGAGGAGCCGUCCAUUUGCCACUGGCCAAGCACAAGUAGAGAAAAUGUUCAGGAAAAAAUAUGUGAGCCACUUAAAGAAAAUGAAACUCCAGGACAAGUUGAGCCCACUGGAACAACUAACGUUCCAUUCACUAACUCUAGUGCAAGUGUUUCUGAGGCUGAUUUUAUGGUAAAAAAGCCAAAGCAGCAAAGCUGGUUACCAUCAGUGUGAAAACCAAACAAUUUUAAUCUUUCCUCUCCUACAAGGAGUAACGUUAGACAGACAUAUUUGGGGUUCUGAAAGAAGGGAGUUGAAAUUUCAGGCUAGAAUGAAGAUUGCCAUAGCAAUAAAGG